GUACGUGUGUGUGUGUGUGUUCCCAUAGUAACCAAGGCGGAGAGGAACAGAGAUUUAGUUUUCUUUACACGUUUUUAACCAUAGAAAAGUUUCCUCUCCGUGAGUCUCAUGAAGACCUCCAUGGAGGAUCAUCCCAGGACACUCCGGGGGGGACCGCUGGAGCUGAAGCCAACAAGACAGCGGUACGUGAAGACGGGAGCCUCGCAGCUGCUGGAGAAACGCAAAGAAAACGUCACGGCCGGCGAAGAGCUUCAGGCUCAAAGAGAGGUUUUUGAGGUCAAAAGGAACAGUUUGCGACUGCGCCGAGACGAGGUGCUACACAAGGAGAAACAUCUCGAGGCGUCACUGAUCAACUUCGACAAAUUUCUCCAGGAGAACGACGCCAAGUGCAGCAGGAGCAUCACGAAGGCGGAGAAGGAGCGGCAGGCGGGGCUGCAGAAGGAGGCGGAGGCCCAGCGGCUGAGUCGGCGCUGCCGCUCGCUGGACGGGAGGAGGCGGAGCCUCCAGCUGGCGGUGGAGAGGAGCGCCCUCUAUGGGAGGUUUCUGGAACAGGUCCUCAAGACCGCCACGCUGGAGGAGGUCCGGGCCCUGGUGGGCCGCUUCGAGACCCUGCUGGUUACCAGGACCCAGCUGUCGGAGCGGGAGGGCCAGGCCCGCACUCUGCUGGACGGCCACCGGGGGAGCCAGCAGCGGGAGCUGGACCGGCAGAACUGCCUGCUGAUGCACCACAACAACCGACUGUCCCAGCUGCAGACCGAGCUGGACCUGUCCCGGGCCGACCGGCUGGGCUGGGAAAGCCGGUGGACCCACAUCCAGAAUACGGCAGCCAAAGAGACGCUCCUGCUGGGUCAGAUCAAAACGGGGACCCUGAACCUGUUCCAGCUGGCCGGGGGCGUCCUGGGGGGGGACCAGGGCGUGGAGGUCGACGCCACAGAGACCCAGCUGGACCGGAUCCAGAUCUUCAUUCAGAAGCAGAUGGACAUUAUGAAUGAAAUAAACCCUUCGGACACUCUGUUCGGCUAAGUAGAAAUAUUAAUGGAAUAUUUUAUUAUAUUUUUUAUAUGUGAAUGAACAGCAACACCAGACAGAAGCAAACUGCACGAUUUAGUUUUUUGCCGUAGACUCGAUCAGCACGUCUAUACUGCCACCCUGUGGCCAACGUGGUGCAUGCCGACUGGAAUGGUCGUAUUAUAAUUCAUUAAACGUUGCUCUUUGCCUCAUUAUAAAUAAAAAUGCUACCUUUGCAUU